AUGAAGACCCUCUUCGUUUUCCUUCUUCUUCUUCUCUGUGUUUCGGCAAUCAACGUGGAUCAACAAGAAGAGAUCAAUAAAGAACACACACAAAUAUCUCACAAGAUUCUCUUCAAAGUCCAGCAAUGGAGAACGUCCCUGAAAGAAGCAAGCGCUGCAGAACUCAAGCUAUCUUCAGCAAUCAUCAUGGCAGGAGUCUUCUGCUUCCUCGCUGCCUUGAUCUCGAGCGCAGGUGGAAUCGGCGGUGGAGGUUUAUUCAUUCCGAUCAUGACGAUUGUCGCAGGGUUUGACUUGAAAACGGCUUCGAGCUUCUCUGCUUUCAUGGUCACCGGUGGAUCCAUUGCUAACGUGAUAAGCAAUCUAUUCGGUGGCAAAGCACUGCUUGAUUACGAUUUAGCCUUGCUUCUUGAGCCAUGCAUGCUUCUUGGAGUGAGUAUCGGUGUCAUCUGCAACAGAGUGUUACCUGAAUGGCUCAUCACUGUUCUUUUCGCCGUAUUCCUCGCUUGGUCUAGCUUGAAGACUUGCAGAAACGGAGUCAAGUUCUGGAAGAUUGAGUCCGAGGUCGCGAGAGGGAAAGCACACGCGAGACCAGAGAAAGGAGAAGGAGAAACAGAGGAGGAUAGUAAGAGAGCACCUCUUCUUGAAGCUCAAGAGAACAGAAGCAAGCCAAAGGUUCCAUGGACGAAACUUGGCACCUUGAUUGUUGUUUGGGCGUCUUUCUUUAUCGUCUAUCUUCUCCGUGGGAACAAAGAUGGCAAGGGAAUCAUAACGAUAAAGCCAUGUGGUGUGGAGUAUUGGAUUCUACUUUCACUUCAGAUACCUCUUGCUUUGAUUUUCACAAAGCUAGCUCUCUCAAGAAGCGAUAGGGAACGAUCCUCAGGCAAUCAGAAAAAUCAAGAAACUACAAGACUUGACCCUUCCACGAGGUUAAUGUUCCCGGUUAUGUCAUUUUUAGCCGGUUUAUUGGGAGGUAUAUUCGGUAUUGGAGGUGGAAUGCUUAUAAGCCCUCUUCUUCUUCAAGCUGGGAUACCACCACAGAUAACAGCAGCAACAACUUCAUUCAUGGUGUUCUUCUCAGCAACAAUGUCUGCAGUCCAGUACUUACUACUAGGAAUGCAGAACACAGAAGCAGCUUACUUGUUUGCCUUGAUUUGCUUCGUUGCUUCGCUUCUCGGUCUUGUUUUGGUUCAGAAAGCUGUAGCUCAGUUUGGGAGGGCUUCCAUUAUAGUGUUCUCGGUUGGGACAGUGAUGUCUCUGAGCACAGUCCUUAUGACUAGUUUUGGAGCUCUUGAUGUGUGGACUGAUUACGUGGCAGGCAAGGACAUGGGUUUCAAGCUGCCGUGUUAA